GGUCAGGGGGGGCCGGGGCGCCGCGCGGAGCCUCCGUGCGCCCCGCUCCCGGCCGCGAGCGGCCCCGGCCCCGGCGCGGGGAUGGACGGCCCCGGGUCCAGCGCCGUGGUCGUGCGCGUCGGCAUCCCGGACCUGCAGCAGACGAAGUGCCUGCGCCUGGAUCCGGGCGCGCCCGUGUGGGCCGCCAAGCAGCGCGUGCUCUGCGCCCUCAACCACAGCCUCCAGGACGCGCUCAACUACGGGCUUUUCCAGCCGCCCUCCCGGGGCCGCGCCGGCAAGUUCUUGGACGAGGAGCGGCUCCUGCGGGAGUACCCGCCCAACCUGGACACGCCCCUGCCCUACCUGGAGUUUCGGUACAAGAGACGAGUUUAUGCCCAGAAUCUCAUUGAUGAUAAGCAGUUUGCAAAGCUUCACACAAAGGCGAACCUGAAGAAGUUCAUGGACUACGUCCAGCUGCACAGCACGGACAAGGUGGCCCGCCUGCUGGACAAGGGGCUGGACCCCAAUUUCCACGAUCCUGACUCAGGAGAGUGUCCUUUGAGCCUUGCGGCGCAGCUGGAAAACGCCACGGACCUGCUGAAGGUGCUGAGGAAUGGUGGUGCUCACCUGGACUUCCGCACUCGCGAUGGGCUCACUGCUGUGCACUGUGCCACGCGCCAGCGGAAUGCGGCGGCUUUGACGACCCUGCUGGACCUGGGCGCUUCACCUGACUACAAGGACAGCCGUGGCCUGACGCCCUUGUACCACAGUGCGCUGGGGGGCGGGGAUGCCCUCUGCUGUGAGCUGCUCCUCCACGACCAUGCUCGGCUGGGGACCACUGACGAGAACGGCUGGCAGGAGAUCCACCAGGCCUGCCGCUUCGGGCAUGUGCAGCACCUGGAACACCUGUUGUUCUAUGGAGCCGACAUGGGGGCUCAGAACGCCUCGGGGAACACAGCUCUGCACAUCUGUGCCCUCUACAACCAGGAGAGCUGUGCUCGUGUCCUGCUUUUCCGUGGAGCCAACAAGGAUGUCCGCAAUUACAACAGCCAGACAGCUUUCCAGGUGGCCAUCAUCGCAGGGAACUUUGAGCUUGCUGAGGUCAUCAAGACCCACAAAGAGUCAGAUGUUGUACCCUUCAGGGAAACCCCCAGCUAUGCGAAGCGGCGGCGGCUGGCUGGCCCCAGUGGCCUGGCCUCCCCUCGACCUCUGCAGCGCUCAGCCAGUGACAUCAACCUAAAGGGUGAGGUGCAGCCGGCAGCUUCUCCUGGACCCUCGCUGCGAAGCCUUCCCCACCAACUGCUGCUCCAGCGGCUGCAGGAGGAGAAAGACCGGGACCGGGAUGGUGACCAAGAGAAUGACAUCAGCGGCCCCACAGCAGGCAGGGGCAGCCAGAGCAAGAUCAGCCCGAGCGGGCCUGGCGGCCCCGGCGGCCCCGGCCCCACGCCCGGCCCCGGCCCGGCGCCCCCCGCGCCCCCAGCGCCGCCGCCCCGGGGCCCGAAGCGGAAACUUUACAGCGCCGUCCCCGGCCGCAAGUUCAUCGCCGUGAAGGCGCACAGCCCGCAGGGCGAGGGCGAGAUCCCGCUGCACCGCGGCGAGGCCGUGAAGGUGCUCAGCAUUGGGGAGGGCGGUUUCUGGGAGGGGACCGUGAAAGGCCGCACGGGCUGGUUCCCGGCCGACUGCGUGGAGGAGGUGCAGAUGAGACAGUAUGACACAAGGCACGAAACCCGGGAGGACCGGACGAAGCGACUUUUCCGUCACUACACGGUGGGCUCCUAUGACAGCCUCACUUCACACAGCGAUUAUGUCAUUGACGACAAGGUGGCCAUCCUGCAGAAACGGGACCAUGAGGGCUUUGGUUUUGUGCUCCGGGGGGCCAAAGCAGAGACCCCCAUCGAGGAGUUCACGCCCACGCCAGCCUUCCCAGCGCUACAGUAUCUCGAGUCGGUGGAUGUGGAGGGUGUGGCCUGGAGGGCCGGGCUGCGCACGGGAGACUUCCUCAUCGAGGUGAACGGGGUGAACGUGGUGAAGGUCGGACACAAGCAGGUGGUGGCUCUGAUCCGCCAGGGCGGGAACCGCCUCAUCAUGAAGGUUGUGUCGGUGACAAGGAAGCCAGAAGAAGAUGGGGCUCGGCGCAGAGCCCCGCCGCCCCCCAAGAGGGCUCCUAGCACCACGCUGACCCUGCGCUCCAAGUCCAUGACGGCUGAGCUUGAGGAACUUGCCUCCAUUCGGAGAAGGAAGGGGGAGAAACUGGAUGAGAUCCUGGCAGCCGCUGCAGAGCCAACACUGAGGCCAGACAUCGCAGAUGCCGACUCAAGAGCCGCCACUGUCAAACAGCGGCCCACUAGUCGGAGGAUCACCCCUGCUGAGAUCAGCUCAUUGUUUGAGCGCCAGGGCCUCCCAGGCCCAGAGAAGCUGCCGGGCUCCUUGCGGAAGGGGAUUCCACGGACCAAGUCUGUAGGCGAGGAUGAGAAGCUGGCGUCCCUGCUGGAGGGCCGCUUCCCGCGGAGCACUUCGAUGCAGGAUACUGCCCGCGAGGGCCGCGGCAUCCCGCCCCCGCCGCAGACCGCGCCGCCGCCCCCGCCCACUGCCUACUACUUCGACUCCGGGCCGCCCCCCGCCUUCUCGCCGCCGCCUCCGCCGAGCCGCGCCUACGACACUGUGCGCUCGAGCUUCAAGCCCGGCCUAGAGGCGCGCCUGGGCGCGGGGGCCACGGGCCUGUAUGAUUCCGCCGCGCCCCUGGGGCCGCUACCCUACCCCGAGCGGCAGAAGCGCGCGCGCUCCAUGAUCAUCCUGCAGGACUCGGCGCCCGAGGCGGGCGACGCCCCUCGGCCCCCGCCAGCGGCUACCCCGCCAGAGCGCCCAAAGCGCCGGCCGCGGCCGCCAGGCCCCGACAGUCCCUACGCCAACCUGGGCGCCUUCAGCGCCAGCCUCUUCGCGCCAUCCAAGCCUCAGCGCCGUAAGAGCCCGCUGGUGAAGCAGCUGCAGGUGGAGGAUGCUCAGGAGCGUGCGGCCCUGGCAGUGGGCAGCCCUGGGCCCGGCGGCGGCAGCUUUGCUCGCGAGCCCUCCCCGACACAUCGCGGGCCUCGUCCGAGCGGACUCGACUAUGGCCCUGGGGACGGCCCCGGGCUCGCAUUCGGCGGCCCAGGCCCGGGCAAGGACCGACGGCUGGAGGAGCGGCGCCGCUCCACCGUGUUCCUGUCGGUGGGAGCCAUCGAGGGCAGCUCCCCAAGCACGGAUCUGCCCUCCCUGCAGCCCUCCCGCUCCAUCGACGAGCGCCUUCUGGGGCCUGGCGCCACCCCUGGCCGAGACCUGCUGCUGCCCUCUCCUGUCUCUGCUCUGAAGCCAUUGGUCAGCGGCCCGAGCCUUGGGCCUUCGGGCUCCACCUUCAUCCACCCGCUCACCGGCAAACCUCUGGACCCCAGCUCGCCCCUGGCCCUUGCCCUGGCUGCCCGCGAGCGGGCUCUGGCCUCCCAGGCACCCUCCCGGUCCCCCACGCCUGUGCACAGCCCUGACACAGACCGCCCUGGGCCCCUGUUUGUGGAUGUCCAGGCCCGCGACUCUGAGCGAGGAGCCCUGGCCUCUCCAGCAUUCUCCCCGAGGAGCCCAGCCUGGGUUCCAGUGCCUGCUCGCAGGGAGCCGGAGAAAGCUCCUCGGGAGGAGCGGAAGUCACCUGAGGACAAGAAGUCCAUGAUCCUCAGCGUCCUGGACACGUCCCUGCAGCGGCCAGCAGGCCUUAUUGUCGUGCAUGCCACCAGCAAUGGGCAGGAGCCCAGUGGGCUGGGGGCUGAAGAGGAGCACCCGGGCACCCCAGAGCUGGCCCCGGCCCCCACGCAGUCAGCAGUAGUGGCAGAGCCCCUGCCUAGCCCCCGGGCCCAGCCCCCUGGCAGCACCCCGACAGACUCUGGCCCAGGGCAGGGCAGCUCAGAGGAGGAGCCAGAGCUGGUAUUCGCUGUGAACCUGCCGCCCGCCCAGCUGUCCUCCAGUGACGAGGAGACCAGAGAGGAGCUGGCCCGCAUUGGUCUGGUGCCACCCCCCGAAGAGUUUGCCAAUGGGGUCCUGCUGGCCACCCCACUUCCUGGCCCAGGUCCCUCACCCACCACGGUGCCAGGCCCGGCCUCAGGGAAGCCGAGCAGCGAGCCGCCCCCCGCCCCCGAGUCUGCUGCAGACUCAGGGGUGGAGGAGGCCGACACACGCAGCUCUAGCGACCCCCACCUGGAGACCACGAGCACUAUCUCCACAGUGUCCAGCAUGUCCACCCUGAGCUCUGAGAGCGGGGAACUCACCGACACUCACACCUCCUUCGCCGACGGACACACUUUUCUACUCGAGAAGCCACCAGUGCCUCCCAAGCCCAAGCUCAAGUCCCCGCUGGGGAAGGGGCCGGUGACCUUCAGGGACCCACUGCUGAAGCAGUCCUCGGACAGCGAGCUCAUGGCCCAGCAGCACCAUGCCUCUGCUGGGUUGGCCUCUGCCGCCGGGCCUGCUCGCCCUCGCUACCUCUUCCAGAGAAGGUCCAAGCUGUGGGGGGACCCCGUGGAGAGCCGGGGGCUCCCCGGGCCCGAAGACGACAAACCAACUGUGAUCAGUGAACUCAGCUCCCGUCUGCAGCAGCUGAACAAAGAUACACGCUCCCUCGGGGAGGAGCCGGCUGGCGGCCUGGGCGGCCUGCUGGACCCUGCCAAGAAGUCGCCCAUCGCGGCAGCUCGCUGCGCGGUGGUCCCGAGCGCCGGCUGUGUAAGUGAGCAUGCCCAUCCCAUGCCUCUCACUGUCCAUGCGCUGCACCUGGCCACCUGGGUCUUUGCUCUGCUUCGCUUCGUGGGGCUUCGGUGCCACUGACAGCCCCCUGAGGCUUUUCCUGGCCACAACAGGGGAUAGGGAAGGAAACAGAGGUGGGCGGUGGAGGGGAUAUGGGAGGAGUGGGUUUUCUCUGGAGGAGUCCCCCCAGGCAGGCCUCCUACCAUGGCCAUCCUGGGGAGGGGCUGAAGGUCUGGGGUCCUGUCAGGUGACGUUGGGAAGUGAGGCACCAUCUGUGUGUGUGUGUGUAUGUAUGUAUGUGUGUGUGUAUGUCCGUGUCCACACACGUGCCACUGUGUCUGUGUCACGAGCAGGCCGCUGCCACUCCUGCUGCUGCAUGUCUGUGACACAUGUAGGCUCUAUUGCUGCUGCUGUGUGCUGUCCUGCGCAGGGAGGCAGAGUGUCAUGGGUGUGCCACUGCCUCACACCUGUCCUGCACGUGCUGCUGCUCUGUUCUGGCGUGAAUGCUGCCUGGUGUCUGUCUCAAAUGUCAUGGACUUGUUCAGUUUUGUGCUGCCACCAGCCUUUAUCACGACUCAGCCAUCCCUGAAGCCAGCCCAGGCUUCUCUGGGUUUCCUCAUGAGAGCAGGGCUGUGUGGGGAGUGGUGAGGGGUAUUGCCAGUCUUACCCCCCAGGAGAUGGGUGGAUGGGGCAGUGCCCAGAGCCAGUGUCCAAGGCUGUCAGGGAUGGGGCAGUCAGCCUUUGCCAGGACAGGCUGUCUUUCCUCUGGUGGGCUGCUCUUGGAGCCCAUGGAGUGAAGGUGGCCACUGGUUUUACUCCUCAUAUUCCAUUCAGUUUGGGGGUACCGCCCCCCCCGCCCCCCCCCGCCCCCGGCAUCCGCAGGGCACUGGCUCGGACCCUGGGGGGACACACAAAAUGGCUGGAGUAACCAUAGGAUCCCAUCCCUCUUUCUUCCUCUGGCCCUAAGGCUACCUCCACUAGCCCCAGCCCCCGGAAGUGAAGCGUCCUCCUGGCCGCAGGCCCCGCUCCCCUCUGCCCACCCCCACCUCACCUGGCGCCCCUCACCUGGCCUUGACCCCCUCUCCCUCCGCAGGCUCUUCAGCAGCCUCGGUGAGCUGAGCUCCAUCUCAGCACAGCGCAGCCCUGGGGGCCCGGGCGGCGGGGCCUCCUACCCGGUGCGGCCCGGCGGCCGCUACCCUGUGGCGCGGCGCGCCCCGAGCCCAGUGAA